GCAGAUAGACUUGACACAGUAGAUAAGAUGGUGAUGUGUUUUGGACCAGAUGAAGCUGUGAAGGUCAUGGUAGACGUCCUGAGAAAGAUAAACCAAAAUGAUCUGGCUGAACAGUUGCAGAAUGAACACAAGCAAGCUCAGACUGAGGACAAUAUGAAGACAUCUGUCCCUGUUAGAGAGCUGCAAAAUGUCUUGAAAACUCACAAAAACAACAUGAAGAUGAAGGCAAAAUACAUUUUUGAGGGCAACAAAGAAACUGACACAGAUCUGAAAGCUGUUUACACAGAUCUGUUCAUCACAGAGGGAGAUAUGAAAGAUGUAAAUCAGGAACAUGAGAUUCUGAAGAUUGAUGAUGCUUUCAAGAACAAAAAAACACAGGACAAACCAAUCAAAUGCAAUGAUAUAUUUACUGAACUAAGGAAAAACAAUGAGUUAAAGAUUGUGUUGACCAAAGGAGUCGCUGGCAUUGGAAAAACUGUGUCUGUGCACAAGUUCAUCCUGGACUGGGCCGAAGGAGAAUCUAAUCAGGAUAUAGACUGUGUGUUCCUGCUUCCAUUCAGAGAGAUCAAUGUGAUUAAAAGAGAGAUCAGUCUCCAUGAGUUUCUGCUGAAAUUUAAUCCUGAAUUGAUGUACCUAGAGAAAUCAAAGUUAUAUACAGAAUAUAAACUUGUGUUUAUAUUUGAUGGACUUGAUGAGAGUCGACUGCCUUUGAUUUUUGAAAGUGAUGCAUUGAACACUGUUGAGGAAAGAUCAUCUGUAGAUGUGCUCUUUACAAGUCUGGUCAAAGGUAAACUGCUUCCAUCAGCUCUUGUCUGGGUCACAUCACGACCAGCAGCAGCCAAUCAGAUCCCUCCUCAGUAUGUAGGAUUGUUCACAGAAGUGCAAGGAUUCACUGCUACAAAGGAGGAGUACUUCAGAAAGAAAUUCACAGAUGAGAGUCUGUCCUCCAGAAUCAUCUCACACAUUAAGACGUCUCGUAGUCUCUACAUCAUGUGCCACAUUCCUGUGUUCUGCUGGAUCACAGCCACAGUACUUCAGGAUAUUCUCACUGAGAACAAUGAAGAGAACAUCAGCACAACACUCACUGAAAUGUACAUUCACUUCCUGAGGAUACAGAUGAACAUGAAGUGUCAGAAAUAUGGCAAACAACAAGAAGGAGAAUGUUCAGAGCACUUACUUUUAAAUAGAAAGAUGAUUCUGAAGUUAGCCAAGCUAGCGUUUGAACAGCUGAAGCAGGAAAACAUUGUGUUCUAUGAGAAAGAUCUGAAAGCAUGUGGUAUUGAUGUGAGUAAAGAUGCUGAGUUCACAGGAAUGAUCGCUCAGAUCUUUAAGAAGGAAGUUGGACUUUAUAAGACAAAGGUCUUCUGCUUUGUGCAUCUGAGCGUUCAAGAGUUCCUCGCUGCAGUGCAUGUGUUCAUCUGUUACCUGAAAAAAAACAAGCAAGAGCUGAAGUUUUUCUUUGAUGAUUCACAAACUACAGUCAUACAAAAGAGAGCCAUUGAAAAAGCAAUGCAGAGUAAGAGAGGGCAUCUGGACCUGUUCCUGCGGUUUCUGAUGGGAAUUUCACUGGAAUCCAGUCAAAAUCUGCUCAAAGGCCUGCUCACACACACUGAAGACACCACAGAGAGCAUCAGAAAUCUAAGUGCACAUAUUAAAGAAUUACAACAACAGGACAUCUCAGAUGAAACUUCAGUCAACCUGUUCUACUGCUUACUUGAGCUCAAGGAUAAUUCAUUAUAUGAGGAAAUCCAGAGUUACCUCAGUUCAAAUGAACAUCCAGGAAGAGAUCUCUCAUCUUCAAUGUGCACAGUGUUGACCUACAUACUACUGAUGUCAGAGAAGGUGCUAGAUGAGUUCAACCCAAAGAGGUUCACAUCAAAACUAGCAGACUACAAGAGACUCAUUCCAGCUGUGAGAUGCUGCAGAAAAGCUCUGCUGUGUGGGUGUCAUCUCACUGCUCUGUCCUCUAUAAGUUUAUCUUCAACUUUACAAUCAUCAAACUCUGUCCUGAAAGAGCUGGACCUGAGUAACAAUGAUCUGCAGGAUUCAGGAGUGAAGCGUCUUUCUGAUGGACUCAAUAGUCCAGUCUCUAAACUGGAGAUACUAAGAUUUUCCACAUGUAAUCUCACUGCACAGUCUUGUGGGAGUUUGUCUUCAGUUUUACAAUCCUCAAACUCUGUCCUGAAAGAGCUGGACCUGAGUAACAAUGACCUGCAGGAUUCAGGAGUGAAGCUUCUUUUGGAUGGACUGAAGAGUCCAAACUCUAAGCUGGAGAUACUGAGAUUUUCCACAUGUAAUCUCACUGCACAGUCUUGUGGGAGUUUGUCUUCAGUUUUACAAUCCUCAAACUCUGUUCUGAAAGAGCUGGACCUGAGUAACAAUGAUUUGCAGGAUUCAGGAGUGAAGCUUCUUUCUGAUGGACUCAAUAGUCCAAUUUCUAAACUGGAGAUACUAAGAUUUUCCACAUGUAAUAUCACUGCACAGUCUUGUGGGAGUUUGUCUUCAGUUUUACAAUCCUCAAACUCUGUCCUGAAAGAGCUGGACCUGAGUAACAAUGAUCUGCAGGAUUCAGGAGUGAAGCUUCUUUCUGAAGGACUGAAGAGUCCAAACUCUAGACUGAAGAUACUGAGGUUGUCUGGCUGCAUGGUGACAGAGGAAGGCUGUGGUUAUGUGUCUUCAGCUCUGACUUCAAACCCCUCACACCUGAGAGAGCUGGAUCUGAGCUACAAUCAUCCUGGAGAUUCAGGAGUGAAGCUGCUCUCUGAAAAACUGGAGGAUCCAAACUGCUCACUAAAUAAACUCAAUGUUGAGCAUGGAGGAGAAUCCAGGAUUACAGCAGGACUCAAAAAAUGGGUGUGUUUUUUCACACUGGAUCCAAACACAGCACACACUCAUCUCAGACUGUCUGAGGAGAAUAGAGAGGUGACGUUUGUGUCUCAGUCUCAGUCGUAUCCUGAUCAUCCAGACAGAUUUGAUGGUGUGUAUCCUCAGGUGUUGUGUAGAGAGAGUGUGUGUGGACGCUAUUACUGGGAGACUGAGUGGAGUGGAGGUGUGGAGAUAUCAGUGUCAUAUAAGAACAUCAGCAGGAAGGGACCGGGUGAAGAGUGUUUGUUUGGAUAUAAUGAUCAGUCCUGGAGUUUGAUCUGCUCUCCUCACAGUUACUCCUUCAUACACAAUAAGAUAAAGACUGAUCUCUCUGUGAAGCCCAUCAUCAGAAGAACAGGAGAGUAUGGAGAUAUCUACAGAGUAGGAGUGUAUGUGGAUGAGAGCGCAGGAACUCUGUCCUUCUUCAGCGUCUCUGACUCAAUGAGACUCAUCCACACAGUCCAGACCACAUUCACUCAGACACUCUGUCCUGGGUUUAGUUUUUAUUAUUCUGGAUCAUCAGUGAAACUGUGUUGAUGAAUCAGAAGUGACUGAUGAGAUUCUACCCAGAAUGCUUUGAGCUGCUUGAUGAAUCAGUAACAGUGAGAUGUUAUGAGUCUCUUCAAUACAUUAAUACUUCAGCUCAACUUCUAUAGAAACAGGAAGAUAAGAAUUAAUAAUUCAUCUAAAAAAUAGAUAUAAAAGAAGAAAUGUGUCAGAAAUAGAAAGAUCUGUGUCAGUGUGUGUGUGUGUACUUAAAAAUAUUACAUUUGGUUUUGAUUUGACUUAUUGAUAUCAUUAUUAUUAUUUGUUAUUAUUAUGAAAUACUGAAUUUGUUCCUAAUAAAGACACUAUCCUUAUAAAA